AGCGCAAAGUUUAUUCAAGUGGCAAAGCGAGCACUCCGCACGUGUGCGUAUUGCGUAUUUCCAACCACCUGUGACUUCGACGACACGUAAAUUGAGAGUUAGCAACUAAACUGCUUUGAUAAUUUACAUUAAAAAGAACAAAUCUAAGAAAAUGGGAAGCCAAUACGAAGGAUACAAGUCUCCCCUGAGUACACGGUAUGCCAGCCAGGAAAUGCAGUUUCUGUUCAGCGACCAAUACAAGUUCUCGACAUGGCGCAAGCUGUGGGUAUUUCUGGCAAAAGCUGAGUGCUCGCUGGGUCUGGAGAUAAGUGAGGCGCAGAUAAGCGAAAUGGAGAAGGAAAUAUAUAACAUCGAUUUCGAUGCAGUGGCUGAGGAGGAGCGUCUCACAAGGCAUGACGUUAUGGCGCACGUCCAUAUCUUCGCCAAGCAGUGUCCUACAGCCGCUCCCGUCAUUCAUUUGGGGGCUACCUCGUGCUUUGUGGGCGACAACACGGACCUCAUUGUUCUUCGGGACGCGCUUCAGUUGCUGCUGCCUCGUAUCGCUUCUGUGGUGUCGCAGUUGAAGCAAUUUGCAGAAACCUACAAGGACCAACCCACGCUUGGAUUUACACAUCUGCAGCCAGCGCAGUUGACCACUGUGGGCAAGCGCGCUUGCCUUUGGAUUCAGGACUUGCUAAUGGAUGAACGAGCGCUGUCUCGUUGUCAGCAGGACCUGCGAUUCCGUGGAGUGAAGGGUACCACCGGCACCCAGGCCUCAUUUCUUCAAUUAUUUAACGGCGACGGUAAGAAGGUGAAACAGCUGGAUCAAUUGGUUACCGAGCUGGCCGGAUUUAAAAAGGCAUAUGCAGUCACAGGUCAAACCUAUACUAGGAAAGUAGACGUGGAAGUUGUGGCUGCCCUCUCCAGUCUUGGCACUAGCAUUCACAAAAUGUGUUCUGAUCUGCGCAUCCUGGCUUCGCGAAAGGAGCUUGAGGAGCCAUUUGAAAGCACGCAAAUUGGGUCUUCUGCUAUGCCGUACAAGCGGAACCCCAUGCGCUCGGAACGCUGCUGCGCAUUGGCCCGUCACCUCAUAACCCUGUUUAGCAACGCUGCCAACACACACGCAACGCAAUGGCUGGAGCGCACUCUGGACGAUUCUGCCAACAGGCGAAUUACCUUGUCCGAGGCAUUUUUGUCCGCGGAUGCCGCCCUUCUCACGUUGCUUAAUAUUUCUCAGGGUCUAGUGGUUUAUCCCAAGGUUAUUGAACGACACAUUUCCCAAGAGUUGCCCUUCAUGUCAACGGAAAACAUAAUAAUGGCCAUGGUUAAGGCUGGCGGCGAUCGCCAGAUUUGCCAUGAGAAGAUUCGAGUCCUCUCGCAAGAAGCCGGAGCCCAAGUCAAGCAGCAUGGAAAAGAUAACGAUUUGGUGGACCGUGUACGCAAGGAUCCCUACUUUGCGCCUAUACUUAAUCAGCUCGACAAUAUACUGGAUGCGCGGACAUUUAUUGGACGGGCUAGCGAUCAGGUAGAAGAGUUCGUUGCGGAAGAAGUGGAGCCUGUGCUGGCUCGCUACGCUGACGCCUUGAAGACUGUUAAAGACGUUAAACUGAAUAUCUAACCCACUGUUUGUUACCCUGUUAUCAAUCUCGUAGUUUGAACUACAAAAAUAAAUGAAUGCCUUUAAUCAAA